AAUUAAUAAUUAAUUAAUUAAUUAAUUAAACUUGUUAUUAUUAUAUAAAUUGAAUAUUUUAAACACGCGUUUACAGUACUUCCAAAAUUGCAACUUUAUUAACCCGAAAGUUAAAAUAAUUACGGCUAAAACUUAUAAAAUCGAUUAAGACAAUUACGUAAUAUCGACGUAAUCGGAUUAAACAAUAAUCGUCUGGUUUAUAUUUUAGCAUUGUUGCCAAUUUUAGUUAAUAAUUAACGCGAAUUUAUAACAUAAAAGCCUUAACACGUCGGUUAGAAACUUUAUAAUGGUCAUUUUUACGUCUUUUUAUUUCUCGGAGGGUUAAUCGAAAUGUUUAAAAGAAAAUAAAAAUAAAAAUAAAAAAAAAGGUGAACGUCCACCAGGUGUUGCGCACACCUGCUACGUCCGGGGUUUGUUCAGUCGUGUGUUGUGGGGUGGAUGCUGCACUUAGACUCCAGGUGCUGCCGUGUAGAACCGUUUCUAUGGCAACGGACCAACUGAUGCGUUUCCGUCCGUUUCCUUUCUCGUACGAUUCAGGAUCAGCGAAUUUGUUCUCAGUCGUUCGUCGCUUUUCGUGUUAUUGUUGCGUAGAUUCGAGUUCAAGAUAACACAUGGCAUCGCAGUCGCACAUUUAUCCGCCAAAACAUCUUGCUUUCGUCUCGCUUGCCCUAGGUUUUCUGGUCAUUUGGACUGCAGUUUUGGCCGGAUUACUAGUAUCGAGGGCAGUCAAGGAUAGUCACAUAGCAGAAGAAACUACAAGAGUUUUUCACACGCACGAAGACGUUGGGAAAGUAACAUUUGCACUCGGACAUGAAUUGGUGUCUAUUGUUGAUUGGUUACUCUCGAAAAUUUCCAAAAAUAUGACAGACAGAGACGUUCUAUCUGUCACUUGGAAAUUCACCGAUAGCGUGCUCGAGAAUGUACAAGAGACCAGUUCGCAACGAUGGGUUCAUAGUGUCGUAACUCUUCUAGACACGAUAGAAGUGAAGCUGAAUAAAUUUCGAGAGACAUUAACUCCAAAUACAAAUCCUCUACAAGUUAUAGAUUUUUACUUAGAACUAAACAACAUGAUCAUUAGAAAGUGCUUCCUUCUCGACUACGCAGGUCAACACCUGCCCAUUCCCAGUCUGUCAUAUACUUUGUUUCUAAAGGGAAUGACUCAGAAAUUCGGAGAAAUGGCCUUCGGAACUGUCUACGUCAAAUCGGAUUUGCCCGUAAACAAGUCUGAAUUUCUCUCCCUGAGAACAGGCGGCGACGAACUGAUGGAAUCUGCCUUUCACUUCACGCCUAGAGCCCGAACCAAAUGGUGGGAAUUACAAGAACAGGAACCCCGGGUACAGAAAGUACUGGGUGCCAUGGCGGAAGAUCUCGUCUCCGGCGGAUCUCUGAGGGGUCACCGCGAACUGGCAAUUCCCUAUUUGGAUGGCGUGAGAGAACAAAUAGCAAUGUUGCUCCUGACCAAAGAAGUACUGAAUUCUACACUCGCCAGUUGGGUAGAAAAAUUUGCUCAGAAAUCAAACAACACGCUUGCCUUUCACACGUCGAUAGCCUGCGUGGCAAUUCUGGCCGUAGUUCUGUGUCUGAUAGUCACCGGAUGCUCGUGUAACAGUCUGAAUCAAACGGAACAGAAAGCCGAAGUCACACAAAAUCAAGACACAUCAUCCGACAGAACGCAGAUCUUAACGACUCCAGAUUAUUUGAAACCUCAGUGUUAUUUGUAGAUUAUUAAUAUUAUAUUAUUAUUUAUCUAAUUUAAUUACUUAAUUUGCUUUUAUACAAAUUUAUAUAUAGUAUUUUUAAUAUACAAUAAAAGAUUUUAUAAAUAGAAUUUA